CCUUCUACAACCUUCCAAUCGCUCGAAAGAUCUUUUCACACGCCAUAAGAACCCGUGAUCCGUGUGGUAGCCGCUUCAGACACGUCAGACUCACCCAUUCACGGACUCGCGCGAAUAGCUGGCUAUUCUUUUACAGGCUGCCAACUUCCAGUCUAUAAGAAUCUCGAUUCACUCGUCACAGGGUCCAGCCGCCCUUCUGUUGACCACCUUCUCAGACUCACCAGCUCGCUAAAUAGCCUAUAAGUCAGCUCUGCCGAGGCCCCGAAGUAUUCCGUGAGAUGAAGAGCGUCCUGUUGCUUGCGCUGCUCUGCGCUACUACGGCCGCGGUCCCCGCUUUUGGGUCGCCCGACGAGGUCGACGAUGUUAUCGUCGAAGGUUCCAAGGCAUUCUCGCUCCUCUUGCCCGCCGUCGCGCUGCCUUACGCCGUAGCGCUGAUUGCCGUCCUGGUGCCUCUGGCCAAGGCCUUCGUCUUGGGCGCCAUGAAUGUGUUCAACCUGCCGUUCGAAGUGCUGUUGACCCUUUACUUCCUCCUGUACGUCGCCCUGUUCACGUUCCCGCAGCUGGCAUCGCUGCUCAAGGUGACCUCGGUCUUCACGGCGAGGUCAUCAGACUCUGGGGCAACAGCGUACGGAGUGCCACGCUUUCCUGGGGGCGAAGCCGUGAUGGACUGGGCGCGGAAUUUCGUGCCCGAAUCGUGGGUGGCGGCUAUUAUGUCCGCGGCGGCUCCGAUAAUGACGUCUUCCGAGGCGACGGGGGAGACUACGUUGCUGCCGGAUUACGUGGCGACCACGACGGAGGGUGCGUCGACCACCGCGACCACUGAGCCCUCCACUACAACUGCGAUGACGACCUCGACGACCGAGGAGCCGACGGUUUCGCCGCUGCCCUUCGAAACGCCCGCGGGUGUCUCGUCAACGAAACGUGUAGUCUCCUCCAAGAAGCCGAGUACGUCCUCUGACUGUACCUCGUUCAAGGUGUGCGACUCGGUCUCCAGGCUCGUGAAGGAUUAUCCUGUGAGCGUCAUGCUCAUGGGUUACCUAAGUGAUUACCUCCACGGACUCAAGUACGAGCGUGCCGUCCGCGAAGGAAUGGCAGGCCUCAACUGCACUUCAAUCUACUCGCACUGUCAGUGAUGGUCGGCGCUCGCCCAGACACGUGAGACGACUACGGAGUUGCUGUUAAAUGGUGGGAACGUGCACAGCGACUCGAAGACAACCGGUGACGUGCGACCUCUGUCGCACAUUUUUUUUUUUUUUUUAGUCAUUAACGCACAUUUUCAUCGGCGAAAGUAACCACACUUAACCAAAGGAACACGCAAAUAAAGUAUCGUUUUUAAACA